CCGCAGCCAUGGAACCGCCCGGUGGAGUGCCGCCGGAUAGGGAUAGGCAGCUAGUGCUAAGGAAUCCCUCAUCGGCUCUUGUCCCCGUGGUUGUUUCCGCUCCGGUUGCGGCAGCUGCUCCCAAUCCGACGCCGCAGCAGCCACCGCCGCCGCCGUUGUCUUCGUCGCAGUAUGCCAAGCCAACCAGUCUCAAUCUUCAGCCACAUACCGUGCUCCAGGCAAUGCAACAGUUGUCACCAUCGGCCGCCGGCAACAACAAUGCAUCUGCAGCAGGAACGACGGCCGCCGCCACCAGCAGCAGCAGUGGGAAUGCCAAUAGUGGCAACAGUCCCGCUUUGGCAUCCACCGCCACGGCCAUAUCCGCCACAACGCAGGCGGCCACAGCCUUUAGCGGUAGUUCCGUUGGCCACCAUCAUUUGCAGCAUCACCAGCAUACCCAGCAUACGCAUCUUCAGCAUACCCAACAGCAGUCCCAGGCAGGAGUAGGAGGAGGGACUGCCACUGCACCGAGCACCACCACGUCACUACAUCAGCAUCACGGCUCUAUAAGCGGAACUGGAGCGGGCAGUGGCGGCCUCAUUGGUGGGGGUGGUGGUGGCAAUCAACAGCAGACCAUAGAGAAGCUGUCGCGUCCCAUGGCCUUUGAUAAGAUGGAAAUGCUGGUGCGUGAGAUGCAGGAUCAGGAGCAUGGCGUACCCGUGCGGCAGCAGAAAAUGUUCCUGACCUCCAUACCGUAUGCGUUUAUGGGAUACGAUCUAAUCGAAUGGCUAAUGGAUCGCCUGCAGAUCGAGGAAUCGGAGGCCCUCAAUAUAGCCAACCAGCUGUGCCUGCACGGCUACUUCUUUCCGGUGAACGACUCAAAGACGCUGACCGUAAAGGAUGACUCGUCGCUGUAUCGUUUCCAGACACCCUACUACUGGCCCUGGCAGCACAAAGCUCCGGAUAAUGUGGAGUAUGCCAUCUAUUUGGCCAAGCGAUCGCUAAGGAACAAACAACGGCACGCACUGGAGGACUAUGAGGCAGAGGCUUUGGCCUCGCUGCACAAAAACCUUAAAGGCAAGUGGGAUUUCAUUUCGAUGCAGGCCGAGGAGCAGGUGCGUUUGGCCAAGGAGCGCAAGAAGGGUGACAAGAUUGUGGGGGACUCGCAAGAGCGAGCCUAUUGGCGUGUCCACCGUCCACCGCCUGGCCAGUUUACACCGCUGGAACCCUGUCCGGUGCCGUCGCGCGAUCGUCAGGGCCUCAAGCCGAACAAAAAAAAGACUGUCGAGGAUAUGCAGCGCGAUGUUGACUAUCUGGGCAAAUCGCUUAAUCGGACGCGUAUGAAGAUGUCGCAGGCUUGCGAGUCGCUUGUUUGCUACUCGGAAACCUUCACCGAAUAUGACUUCUUUCUGCAACCGGCUCUGCCCUCUAAUCCCUGGGUCACCGAGGAUGUGGCCUUUUGGCAGCUGAACAAUACCUUUGUGGAGAUACCCACUGAGAAAAGGGUCAAGCGUUGGGCCAUUUCGAUAGAGGAGCUGGUGUCGGAUCCGACGGGUCUGCAGGAGUUUACGGGUUUCCUGGAGAAGGAGUAUUCGCAUGAGAAUAUACGCUUUUGGAUAGCCGUGAAUCGUCUACGGAGGUCUGCUCACUCCCAGGUGGCGCGAAAAGUCAAUGAAAUCUAUGAAGAAUUUCUAAAGCCUGGAGCACCCUGUGAGAUAAACAUCGACGGCAAAACUAUGGAGAGCGUUUUGCGUGGCUUGAAGAACCCCUCGCGCUUCACCUUUGACUCGGCCUCCGAGCAUAUAUACAUGCUGCUGCUGAAGAAGGACUGCUAUCCGAGAUUCAUACGAUCGGAGCACUAUAAGCGCCUGCUGGACACUGGCAUACAGCCGUCGUACAAGAAGCGUUUCUUUAAUUUUGGCGGUGUGAGUGGUGCCAAAAAGAAAAUGACGGCUGCCUUGUCCAGUCAACCGAAUUUGGGUGAAGCGGCCAAGGGUUCUGCCGGCAGUGGUGGUGGUGGUGCCUCUGGCAGCUGCUCCAUGAUGCAAGCACCGCCGCCUGGUAAUUUGGCGCGACGCCGGGGCAGCGAUCGUAGUCUGACGGGCUCGGCCCAUGAGCUGGCCGUGAUUGGGGUUAACAAGGAGGCCGGCUCCAAGGUACCGCACUCUCAUUCCCAGAGUAAUCUCAGCGAGAUUCCGUUUAGAGAAACGCCAAAGACAAAGUCCACCGUUCUGGAGACAUCAGAGUCCACCGCCUUGGUUUUGGCCAGCAGCAGCGCUGUCUGCCCCUGGGAUGAACCAGCCGAGCCCACAGCCCAGGUGAAGCUAUCUGUGUGUCCCUGGGAGCUGGACAGUGUGCCAGAACCGCCAGCAACCACCACAGUGGCGGUGACAACGAUGAUUCCCUCGAAGAUCUCGCGUUCCGCCGCCGCCGUCCAGCCGCUGCGUUUGAACAGCACUUCCUCGGACAACAGCGAUGUGAACGAUCGGCUGCAGCGGAAUCUGGGCAUACGCCACCAGAACACUGUGGACAGCGGCGAGGCAAGCAUAAAGCGUUUGGUUCCCAGCUUCACCGAGCAGCGACGGGCUUCGGUAUCAUUUACACCCAGUCGCACACCUGAUUUCCAAUUGGGACGCACUCCAACGACAACGACAACAUCCUCCUCGCCGAUUGUGGCCAGCAGCAGCCAGAGCCAGAGCGUGAGCAAUUCCACGCCACUGCAACAGCAGCAGGUCAACAUCAUUGCCAAGGAUCCGCCAUCCGGCUCGGAUGUGGAUGCCAUAGAGCUGGAGGAGGAGCUCAACAAGUUGUCGCUUAGCGAAUCUUCAGCCUCGGAGCUGCCGCUUGUAGUUAUACCCACCCCCACGCAUACCCCGCCGCCCAUAACCAAGAUAACGCCACCACCACCACCACCGCCGGGAGAGGGAAAUAGCAGCGGCAGCAGCUCCUCUGUGGGGAAUUGCCUGCCAGCUGCAGAUCCUGGUUCCCCCGGGCCUCCAACUGGGACUGGGACUCUGGUCAAGGAGGUGCAAAUCGAGUUGAUCGAGUCGGGAGAGGAAACAAUAGCAAUAGCAGCCAGUCCGCCCACCAUCAAAGUCCUGGAGCUAGAGGCAAUUACUCCGGUAUCCUGUGAGCCCGCUGACCCAGGCCAGGACCCCAAGACAGAGACUACCACCGAGAAGGAACCACUGUUGGCUGAGGAGGAAACAGCAGAGAAUGUUGUGGCCGAGGAGCCGGUUUUAGAGGAGCUAUCACCCACCACCGAUGAGUACCAGGAGGGAUUGCAGUUUGGCAGCGACACCAAGGAUGUGGUGGAUGACUACGACAGCAUAGAUGCUGAUCUGCAGCUUGGCUACAUACCGCCAGCACCCACACCGGCUCCCUCGAUGGCUCCACUGGCCGAGUUGGAUGUGGACACGGUGGAUGAUGAGCCCUGCGAUUCGGGAAGAGAGCCAAUAGCGUCCGCUACGGCCACGCCCACAUCCAGCAACGAAGAGGCGCGCAAGCGUCGCAAGAAACGAAACUCAGAGGGCAAGAAGCUUGGCGGCUCGCAGGAUGACAAGGAGAAGGAGAAGGAGAAGGCCGGUGGAAGCAGCAUCAGUGCCGCCGAUCACAAUGCAGUGUGUCCCUGGGAAGAUGAGAACGUGAGCACCAACGACGGCACCUUUGUGAAGACAUACGCCACACUGGGAUACUUAUGAAUAAAACCAAAUCUGUUCAAGACGGUGGUCAACAAGUUGCUGAAAAGGAAGUCAUACAAGAAGUAGGGCCUGGGUAGCUAAGUCUAUAUCUAUUAUAGUACGAGCAUAUAUUACAACGUAAGUGUAAGUAAUUCAAUAAUUGAAUGUACAUGUUAAAGCUUCUCAUGUUCUUGAAAUCACACAAACUAGAGUUGCGAAAAAAUCGAUUAUUAAUCAAAUUAAAUCGAAAUAGACUUUUUGUAAUUUUUUUAAAAUUAAUUUUUCAUUAAAUAAUCGAUUAUUUAAUAUUCGAUGAUCGAUUUUUACCCUCAAAAAUCAAGUUAUUAAUGAUUUUCGGCUUCAAAUAUAUACGAAAUUAUACUGAAAAUCCGUUCAGACUUUUAAAACCUUAACGAUAAUCAAAGAAUUGAUAGUAUCGAUUUUAAAAUCGAUUUUUUCGCAUCUCUAAACGAAGCCACAGAAGAAAAGCAAAGCCCCCGGCAAAAGUGGUUAAUUGCUGAAAAAUUUCCAAAUAAUGUUUAAAAUAAAACGGCUACAGAAAUUAAAUACUUUAUCUACAAGCAUAACUUAUAAACAAAUCAAAGGAGAGUGGUUGCAGGAGGCCGCUUUCUGAUCAGUUGUAAAAAAUGGAGCUUAGAUUCGGAGACAGAAAAUAUUUAAUGUAUACAAUGUAUAUGAAGUUUUAAGCAAAAUGAGAACCCACAUAGUCCUGUCCUAUGUUCAAGUUAUAUAUAUAUAUAUAUAUAUAUAUAUAAAUAUUCGUAGCUUAGAUCCCCCCCAACAGCGUAGAUCCGACACACAGAGCCUAGGAAAAUAUAUCCUUGGUCUUUCAAGCCAGGGUUAUCCUGUGUGUUUUGUGUGUCCGACCUCUAUGAGAUUGUCAUUUGAUUAUUUGAUUUUUGUUAUAUUUAUUUUAACCGUGCCUUUAGCUAGAAAUACCUGCGAUUGGCUGAAGCUAGAAAUAUAUACUUUUGUUACCAUUAAACAACACUCAAAGCCGAGAUUCCUUUGUUGAUUGAACUAGCUAUUAACAUAAAGUAGAAGUACGAAAUGUUAUUCCGCACAAAUUGAACUGAAUUUCACACUAAAGUUUUAACGAAAUUAUAAAGUUUAAUUUCAUUUAACCAGAAAGCUCUUUGUUCUUUUCUUAAACACCUCUAGUUUCAGUUAUUUGUUUAAAUUUAUUUCUAAUAUUAUUACUUAACCCAAGAAAAGCAGUUUCAUUUUCCGCGUACAUGAAGCAACUCACGAGCCCCAAAACAUAUGUGCAGGGCAAAUGAAACUACUGUAGUUAAGGGGUCUAAUUUUAAGUUGAAUUUUUAAAUUUAAAAUUAAAAUCUUUGAAGAACUCCCAACUAUUUAGGAACUGAGGUAAACUCUAAUUAUGUUCUUGUUAUAGUUUUUGUAUUACGUUACGUUUGCUUAAUUACUUGUGAGUUUUAAAUAGUACUAGCACAUUUCCCUCAACUCUUCAACUCUUCAACUCUCCAACUCUAUGUGACUAGACACAAACAAUCGCAGAAAUCGAGCUAUGCUGUAAUUAAACAUUAAAGAAAAAAAACAAACAAAGCCCACAUCUAUUGGAUCUAUCGAUCUGUCGGUGACGCACAUCCUUGAGAUCAUCCUUGAGGCCACAACACACCGUUACAAAACGAUCAAGCAAAUCAAAUUCAAAAUGAAAUCCUGGUUGUUUGCGACUAAUAAAACCUUUCUACGAAUCGAAUCGAAGGAAUAUAACUUAUCUUAAAAAACAAAAAACAAAACUAUUAGUUCUAAGAAACUAAGAAUAUUUCUAUUUUCAUUGUGCAUUAGCUAUUUACUGUCGAAGCCCGUUUUGCUGGUAAACAAUCUUUAUAUAUGGGAUAUCGAUAUCUGCAUUAUCUUUGUGCUUUCUAUAUGCUGUAAUACAUUUUUCAACUACUUCAAUUAACUAAAAAAAAAAAAAAACACAACUAAAAAGCUAAACAAACUCAAAAGCUAAAAAACUAUAACAAAACAAACUAUAAAAACUAUACAAAAAAUGUACCAAAAGUUCGAACAAAAACCUAAGAAAAUCAAAGUAAAAGAGUAAAUGUUUUUGGUUAGCUAAGAUAUUACGAAGGGAGAGGAAGAAGGGUAUAGGGAUAGACAGGAAGUGCGUACAAAAUGUGUACAUGAAACCACCGUUAAACUUUGCUUAAUGCGAGCCGAGCAAUUAAAAGAGUUAAAAAUCAGCAGCAGCAGCAGCGUCAAGCAUCAGCAGCAAUAGUUCCAAAAUUGUUGUCAAAAAAAAUAAAAACGAGAGUAAAAAUAAAAUAAAUAAAAAUUAAAGCAAGUAAAUAAGUAUAAUAAUAAUAAUAAUAAUAGCAGCUUUUAGAACAACACCAAAAAAUAAAGUUGUAGUAAAAUGUGCAGAAGCAAAAUUGUAUUGUUGUUUUUUAUGUACAUUUACUUUUUUGUAUUACCAAAAGAAAAAUUGUUGUAAGUCAAAUAUGCCAAACAAAAAUAGUUUACUAAGCGUUUACAAACAAAAAUAAAAUACAGGCAAGAUAUGAAUUACUUUAAAAAAUAACAAAAAAUCACAAAGAACAAGUUCCGAAUGUUUUUCGAGUAGUCAAAGGAGUCAAAGGAUCAAGAGAUCUUAAUGGCUUAAACUAGGCCAAAGAUCUUUGGUAUCUGACAGAUACAAAAAGCCAGGUGGCACGACUUUCGAGUUCAGUGUUUCCCUGGCACUCAAAGAACCAGCUUAAAAUUAUCAAAUUAUUUUUGAAAUAUUUAUUAAAUUAUUUUAACAUACAUUUAGAAAAUUAACUAACCUUUUCUUAAUUUAAUGAACUUUGGUUAUGAAUUUAUGGCUUGAUCAACUAUUCAGAGCUGUAAUUUCCCCUCAGUUAUU